AAAGAAACAUGGCCGAAAUUGAUCUGGAUACGUACGAUCCAGUGCUUUAUAUGAAAACUUUGGGGCUCUUGGAUGACGAUGUUACUGUGCAAACAUACAAUUCAUUUAUCAAUAAGAUGAAGGGAAAAUUAGAAGGAAUUGACGCCAGGAUAGCAGAUUACGUUGAAAAUCAGAGCGAAUCUUUCAUUGAUCUUUCAGAUAAGAUUGGCAAGCUUGGUCAACUCGUCAAUGAUAUGAGUGGAACAGAGGAGAAAUUUUGAGAUUAUAUCCAAUCAGGUUUGAAGAACAAUGAAGAGAUCUUUGCCAAAGUCAAAUAUGAAUACAACCAAAAGGUCAGUAAUAUUGACCAAAAGAAGAAGUCAAAGGAGGAGCUUCAGGACGUGCUUUACAUUUCAAAGGCAGUCAGAGUAUUGCAUGACCAAUUGGAUAAGCUUAGUGCUGAUGAAGUAGUGUUAUAUUACAGCACAAGUGAUUGAGUGAAGAGUGGAAAAGAAAGAAACUUAGGUUCUGAAGGAGAUGAAGGAAAUUCCUUGAAUUCUAAUUUUGACAGGAAUAUGAAUUCUCUAUCAAAAUUACACAAAAAAACUCAGAGGUUAAGAGAUAGAAAAGAUCACAAUGAAUCAUAUCUAUAUUCAAUUGAUAGAAUUAUCCAAGAAAGUGAAGAUGUCACUAAAAGAUUUUGACACAUUCUGAUUAAAGAGCUCCGUGAACUGAUAAAAUCUUCUUCUUUCUUCUCUUCAGACCCAAAAAUUUCGAUCUCUUUAAAAGAUUCACGCAAAGUAUUUAUGAUUCUAAAAGCUUUCAAAAACUUGCCUAAUUGUCAGGAAUACAUCUACAGAACGAUUAACAAUGAGAUAAUAGAGCCAGAAUUGACUAGGCUAACUCAGCAAGCUUUGAAAAGUACUCCUUCCUUUAGCUUCUACAAUAAGACAUCUAGCUCCGGAGACAAAGACUUUGACAAGAGCAAGCUGCCCUGCACAAUCUUCAUCCAAGGAGUCUCUGAUUUGGUCUUUAAAGGCAGUUUGAAGAACUUAGUGAGGAUGUGUCACCAGACCCAUAAAGGCCGGUACCGGCCUUUAUCGGCUGAGGUCUUCAUCUCAGGCUACGAUAUUAUUCAAAACUGUAUUUUAGAUCCUAUCCAACAGAUCUUUGGAGAUAAGCUGUCGUUCAUUUAUUCUUCAGGAAUCAGUGUGAUUUUCCAUUCAAAUUACACUAGUUUUAAGCAGUUUAUAAAGGAUCUAGUUCAAAUGGGUGUCAAAGACGAGAAAAAUACAAUUAAAGAGAUGAUGAGCAAGUUUAAUCUCCAGAUUUAUUUCACCCUUGUUGCUAGAGAGAUCAUUAAGACUUAUCAGGACCAGCUAAAGCAGGAGUUUGCUAAGGGGAAAAUUGAAGCUGGCGAAAACUGUGUUUCUGCUAUUGUGAUCAAUAAUAUUGAGAAGCUUAUUGGGGAAGAUCUCUUUCUCCCUGAAGUCCAUGAUAAGAUAAUUUUCCUCUGAUUUCAGAUAGUUAUAAAGGUUAUUCAAACUACUAAGGAUACCCUUAACGCUAAAUCUAUGAGUGCUGAAAAUUUAGUCAGAAUUUUAGAUGAGAUUACCAAAGUUGAGCAAUAUCUAAACCAUGAUUUCUUCGAUAAUUUGAUAAUGAGAUUAAGUAUAGAGUCUGAAAAGACUGCUUCUGAACUCACAGAAGCUGUCUCUGGUCAGUAUAGAGAACUUUUUGAUACUCUAUCGUCAAGAUUCGACUCCCUUAAUCAACCAUGAAUCGUUGCUGCUAGUGAGAAGAUAACAAAAAGACUAGCUGAAAACAUGGAGAAAUUCUCUCAAAUAGCAGGAAUCUAUCGUUUAACAAACAGAAAGGCGCCAGAUACUCCAUCGGAAUAUACAGAAUUGACCUUUAACCCUGUGAAAUCCCUCACAGAGAAAGAAUUCUUCUCAAACCUCAGCCCUAGGCUAAAAUCACUCUUGCUGGAUUCCAUUUUCAAAAGCUCCUUACUCUACUUACACAAAGUUCUCUCAAAAAUGCUUGCAUCAGUCACCAAAAUGAACCGCAACUUCCCAUCCUCCACAAACCCCCCAGAAGAAGAGACCAAAACUUCCUUACUAAGUACUAAUCCUCCAAAUCCCCUCUAUAAAUUCAUGAAGGAAGGAGUCAAGAACACAGACUACGACAACAUCUGUACACAAAUCUACCUCGACAUAAAAGAACUAGAGGACCAGAUAGACGAGCUAGGCGGCUCAAGAGAGUACGAAGAACUACAGAACUUGUACUCUCUUGUCCCAGGAGUUAUACUGUAAGGAGAUUUUGGGGUUUCAACUAAA